CCAUUAAAACAAAGAAGAAGAAAGACAUACGUCGACCGCCGUGUGACGUCAUGCUGCUCCGUGGGGUUGUCACACCUACACACACACACACACACAUGCGUGUGUGUGAAAGUUCCUGCGUGGGAUUAUGUCUGCCAGAAGAGCAGAUCUACAUGAACAACCUUGUUCAGGAGACUUCUCCAGACUGUCACCCACACUAGCAGGUGUGUCAGCAGCACCCAGCCCGGGUACACCCAGGAUGACAGGACCAGACCCUCAGAGGGACUCCAGCAUGAGGCGAGCACACGAAGCCAUGGCCAGGGAGACGGGCGCCAUGACCAGGGAGACGGGCGCCAUGGCCAGGGAGACGGGCGCCAUGGCCAGGGAGACGGGCGCCAUGACCAGGGAGACGGGCGCCAUGAGCAGGGAGACUCCCCCGGAUGACUGUGUGCGAAUGGGCACUCUGUUCGGGAUGUUGAACAAGUGCCUGCGGGGGAUGGGCUUCAGCCAGAUGUACUUUGGGGACAAGAUCGUGGAGCCGGUGGUCAUCGUCUUCUUCUGGCUCCUGCUGUGGUUCCUGGGCAUCCAGGCCCUGGGACUGGUGGGGACUCUGUGCAUCAUUGUCAUUUACAUCCAGGACUGAGGAGAGCUGCAUGGAUCCUUGGUCGUGGGGACUGGUCCAGGAACAUUCAGGACGAUGCGAGACCAAAGUCUGUGAUGUUUGAGAAUCAUGUUCCAUCGGAAAGUUGAAUUGAAUUGUUUGAAUUUUAUGUUUCAAACUCUUUUAGCAGAAGUGUCAACUCUGAAUGUCAUCAUAUAUUUUUAAAAUACUGUAAUUUUUUGUAAUAAAGUAGCAUGAUGGAUA